AUGGCACCACUCUUCCAGCUCCCAGAAGAGCUUCUUCUGUCUCCUCUGUACGAGCGCUUCCCCUGCCGAGAACAUCAGAUCCGUUCUCUGGCUACCCUUCUUCAUCCCACGGCUGCGCCUUGUCGAAACCUCGUCGUAUACGGCACCGAGGCCACUGGCAAAUCCGCAGUCGUCGAAUCCCUCCUGCAAACCCUUUCCAAACCCUCCAACGAAGAACCAGGAACCGAACCUUCCCUCAAUUUCGCCGUCGUCAACUCCAUACAAUGCAUUACGGGUCGACACCUGUUCGAAAGGACUGUCGCUGCCGUAGUGGACGCCAUAAAAUGGGACGCGCCGCCCAAGAAAUGCGAGACUCUAGCACAGUUGAUGGUUGAGCUCUGCAAGAUGCUCAAGUACACCCAGAGACCCGAGGGCUGGCGCCUUGUCCUCGUCUUCGACGCAAUUGACCGCCAGCGAGACGCUCCCCCAACACUUCUUCCAGCCCUAGCAAGGCUAUCUGAAGUAAUACCCUGUCUAACCUGCGUCUUCAUCGUAACCGCCCCGUCCCCAGCGUUCCUCCGCACCUCCUUCGUGCCGCACAUCCAGUUUCCAAAUUACACCAAACAGGAAUUCGUAAAGAUCCUGUCCGUCAACCCGCCGGCGCCAACCCCGACGACUACCCAAGACGACACAAACUUCCUCUGGACACGCUUCUGCGGCGCCGUCUGCGACGCCCUCACGACCUCGGCCUCCCGCACCCUUCCCUCGUGCCGCCAUAGCUGCGAAGCCCUCUGGCCGCGCUUCACGGCGCCGAUCCUCGCCCGCACUCACGGCCCGCGCGAGUUCUCCAAGCUUCUCAUCGCGUCGCGCAUGCACUUCCAGGACGAGAGCCUGCUGAACCCGAGCAUCGUCUCCAUCAAGCCCGGCGCGGCGUCGGAGGCACCUGCUGUGAACGGACAUGGUCCCGGUCCGGUCGGGACGCCCUCCAAGCACGCGGCGGCGCAACAGGCGAUGAGCACCGCCACCGCCGACCUGACGACGUUGCUGCCGACCGCAACGCGCCUGCUGCUGCUGGCGGCGUAUCUGGCAUCGCACAACGCGGCCAAGCAUGAUUUGAUGCUCUUCUCGACCUACCACCACGGCCGCCGCAAGCGUCGCGGCGGAGGCUUCGUGGCACCGAAACGCGGCCGCCCUAGCAAGCACAAAAAGAUCUCGCGCAAGCUGCUCGGCGCGCACGCUUUCGUCCUCGAGCGCAUGCUCGCCAUCUUCGCGGCUCUGCGGAGUGAGUGGGCUGCCGACGGCGGGUUUGCUACCGGUGGCGUGGUUGACGGGGACGUCGGCAUGGCGCUCUCGACUCUUGCGAGCUUGCGGUUGCUGAUGAAGGUCGGCACGGCGGGUGACCCGACGGAUAGGGGCGGGAAGUGGAGGAUCAAUGUGGGAUGGGACGUCAUCAGGGGCGUGGGGAGGAGUCUCGGUAUCGAGGUGGAGGAAUGGCUCGUCGAUUAA